GUUGCCAUCGGUCUGACCACACGGCCCUACCCUAUCUUCCGCAUGCCAGGCUGGAACAAGUUUUCUGUCGGCUACCAUAGCGACGAUGGGCACAAGUUUUGUGACGACGCAACAGGUGGACAAGCGUUUGGACCAAGCUGGGGACGAGGUGAUACUGUUGGUUGUGGAUACUGUCCAGAAUCAGGACAAGUUUACUUUACAAAGAAUGGUCAAAUGAUUGAUACUGCCUUUUGGAACCUAACCAGACACUACUAUUUCCCAUCCGUUGGCAUAGACGGACCAGGCCUGGUCCAAGUAAACUUUGGC